UAGCAACGCUGCUUUCAAUGGUUAUAUUCUUUCCGUAGAACGUUUAGAACGUGAAAACAUGGCUGAGGCAGAUGAAACUCAGAAGAAGAAGAGGACCUUCAGGAAGUUCACCUUCCGAGGGGUGGACCUCGAUCAGCUGCUGGAUAUGCCAAAUGAGCAGUUGAUGGAUUUGAUGCAUGCGAGAGCACGUAGGCGCUUCUCCCAUGGUUUGAAAAGGAAAUCUAUGGCUCUUGUCAAAAAGUUGCGCAAAGCGAAGAAGGAAACGCCACCAAAUGAAAAGCCUGAAAUUGUCAAGACUCAUUUGCGCAAUAUGAUCAUUGUUCCAGAAAUGGUCGGUUCGAUUGUGGGAGUGUACAAUGGCAAAACCUUCAAUCAGGUUGAAAUCAAACCAGAAAUGAUUGGUCAUUACCUCGGAGAAUUCUCCGUUACGUACAAACCUGUUAAACAUGGUAGGCCCGGUAUCGGUGCUACGCAUUCUUCACGAUUUAUUCCACUCAAGUAAAUUGUACUUUUUUUAUCAAUAAAAAAUGUAAUGAGUUAA